AAGGGAAGUAUUUCUUUUAUUUUUAUUUUUUUCUUGGUCCAUUUUUUCGGGGUGGAGAGUACAUAAGUACUAGAAAUUAUCUUAUUUUAAAUGAAUUAAUUAUUCAUAGCUUAUGAAGUGUUGUUCGGUAGAUGUCUUUAUUCGAAUCCUUAGUGGCAUAUGCCACAGCUGAAUGGACUCCUAGUUCAAUACCUGCCACACCUACUUAUUCAUCCAUUGAUGCUACUCAUUUAUCAGGCCUUGAAGCUACUAUAUCUCUGGUUUUUAAAGCCGUGGCCACGGAAACAAAUUAUUAUUCAUUAAUAUCUAUAUCACAAGCAUUCAGGGGAGCUAGAGCAUCCUUAGACAUUGUCAGUGCUCAAGAAGUAUUGGCUACUGCUACUGAAUCUUCUGUUUUAGCUCAAGCUACUCAAGCUAUUUUUAUAAAUACUUUAAAUUUAAAGGCUUUAGCAGAUGAUGAGAAUUUAUAUGGUUAUCAUUUAAGUCGUCCUGCUAAUAUCAUUUAUUUAACUAUAUUUUCCAUUAUUUUCUUUUAUAUUGUGGGUAUGUUAUCGAUAUCAAGAUAUCAUUGGUAUAAUAUUUGUUUUUUUAGUGGUUUUGGUUUAGAAUUUGCUGGAUUCGUAGGUAGAGUCUUAUCUUUCCAAGAUAAUACUAAUAUGAACUUUUACUUAUUGCAAUAUGUCACAUUAACUAUUGCACCAGCUUUUAUUAUGGGUGGGAUUUAUUUCUUGUUUGCCCAAUUGGUAGUUAUUCAUGGUCGGAAAUAUUCAGUAUUAAAGCCAAUGUGGUAUUCAUAUUUCUUUAUUGCUAGUGAUGUCCUUUCUCUUUUAAUUCAAGCUGCCGGUGGGGGUCAAGCAUCUAUAGCUUCAAAACAACAUAGAAGCACAAAAGUUGGUCGUGAUAUUAUGAUUGUAGGUAUAGUUUUCCAAGUAGUUGCUAUGACUAUCUUUCUUGGUUUUUGGUUUGAAUUCUUGAAUAGAAUUUUCUUUAAACAUGCUAGAGAAAAUCCUGAAGAUCCAAAGUUUAUUAAACCUUCAUUCAAAAAUUUCUUUAGAUUUUUAUUUAAUAGUAAGUCUAUAAGAAGAAAUCGUGUUGAGGUUUUGGAAAGUCAUUAUAAUCAAAAAUUUAAAGCAAUUAGAGAAAAACCUAUAUUUUACUACGCCCCAUUGGCUGUAAGUAUUGCUGUUGUCGUGAUUUAUAUUCGUUGUGUUUAUAGAGUUGUAGAAUUGGCUCAAGGAUGGAAUGGGUAUUUGAUUGGUCAUGAGAUAUAUCUAAUGGUUUUGGAUGCUUUAAUGAUUGCUAUUGCUGGGUUAAUCUUUAUUCCAUUCCAUCCUGUUCAUAUCUUAGGUAGAAAGAAUGUUGUAAAAUUAGCUACUAUUAAGAAAAAUAAGGAUGAAGAAGAAGAAACAGAAGAGGAAGAAGCUAAUCUUGUUCAAGAAGAUAAAGAACAACAAUAUUACAGCGAAACUGGUAACAUCCAUUCCUCCCAAGAGAAGGUUUCAGAUACUGGUAUUGAAUCUUACCAACAUGCGAAGUCUGAUUCAGACUCUAGAUAGUAACAUUAAUUUUUGACCUUUCAUUGAUUUUUUGAAAGUUUAUAUAUUUUGUUGUGUAUAAUAAAUAGACGAAAUUACUGCGA